AUGGAAUGGUCAAUGACGAACAACGUACAAAACAAGAGAGCUGAUUCCUUGCCACAGCCACAGCCAUGGCUAGAGUCUAACUACUCUAACUCGCUAUGCAGCGUCAACUAUAAUCCUUACGCAGGAAAUUCAUCUUGUAAUAAGCCUGCAUACACGCAAACCGGACCGGUUAUAUCUAUACCGGAAUCAGAAAAGAUCAUCUUUAAAGCGUACCAGUGUGAUCCGGGUAACAACAACGAGAUGAUAAGAAAGAACAAGAGGCUAGCGAGUGAACAACUAGCUUCCCUUGAACUACGUUUUCAAGAAGAUUUCAGGUUAGAUACAGAGAGGAAGUUUAAGCUAGCGGAGGAGCUUGGUCUGGAGCCACGUCAGGUCGCAGUUUGGUUCCAGAACCGCCGUGCACGCUGGAAGGUGAAGCAUCUCGAAGAGUCAUACGACUCGCUUAGGCAAGAGUACGAUGCUGUUUGGAGAGAGAAGCAGAUGCUACACGAUGAGGUGACUAGGCUGAGAGCUAUAAUACUAAGAGAUCAGGGUUUGAUGAUGAACAACAAUCAAAUCGCUGGAGGAGAUAAUACUGAUCAUAACGAUAUUGGUGAAUACAAUAGUCCCAUGAUGGUUGAUUUUUCUUUGUUGGCCAGCACAGCUUUACCCGUGGUAACUUGUUGCUGCUCCGAUCUUGCAGAGAUAGAAUCUUAG